CGCGGGCAGCCCCACCCAAAGCCGCAGCCGCCGCGUUGAUGGAGCCGACGAAGGAAGAAGCGACAGAUCCGCCUAGCGGUCAAGGAAACAGCUCGACGCCGGGUGGCAAAAUGAAGAAGAGGAAGCCGGUAGAGGUCGAGCCACCGUCGGAGUUUGAGGCGGAGAUGAAGAUGCAGAGGGCGGGGAACGAGACAGUGGGAGAGCGCAACAAGGAAGCGGUGCUGGUUGCUGGUGACGAGGCCGCGUGCGAAAUCGAGACGGAGGACGAAAGGAAGGUCGUCGGAUCGGGCCUGCCUUCCUGUCGCUUGGGGAAUGCACCGCCGUCAAAAGAUGGGAGGAAAGAAGUAGCGACCCCACCGCCGGCAGGUGCUGCCACUUCUCCAAAGCAGGUGGAUUCGGAUGCGACGGUCAAGGAAGAAGAACUGGGAGUGAGUCCCAAUGCGGCAAAGGAUUCCCCAAAUCCCGCCCUUCCACCGCCGAGGAAACUGCCAGAUGAACAAUCAUCAUUGACCAUGGCCCUCAACGUGGACGAACGGGAGGAGGCGGAGCUGGUGUCGAGCCUCCAGAUGGAGCACCCGUCGACUAAAACAAAGGGUAGAGCGGCGGAUCUGGCGAAAGCAUCCCGUUCGACGGAGAGGAAGCCGGCGAAGAAGAUGGCAAUGAAGAUGGAUUUCGAUGCAACAAGAUCAUCUUGCGCAUGUCGGGUGACGCCGCCAGAGCUUGAGUCGCCAUGGGAGGGCGAGAUGAAACAGAGGGCGGCGGUGGAUUCGGACUGGCCGCUUGGCUGUCCGCGGAUGAACUCGUCGCCGCCAAGGAGGAGCUCGCAGCCGGAGAAGGAGGCGGUAGGUUCGCCGAGAGAGAAGUUGGCGCCGAAGAACUCGCCAGAGGGGGGGGAAGGAGGAGGGCAGCGGCGGCUCUUCCCUCUUCUCGAUCGAGCAGGCGACAUCGAGGAAGAAGGAGUUUUUGGGUGGCGGGGUUCUCUGCCUCAAGAACCCUAGGCAGGAGGCCUCCUGUUUGGGUCGCGGAUCACAGCAGCAACUCGCCUCGUUGGGCCAAGCGGGUUGGGCCAACUGUGACGGGCCAAAACUAUGGCUCGCUGGGCUUGUCGUGGUCCGAGAAGGUCUGGAGGGAGCAAACUGGAAAAAGAGAGGUCACCAUCUGGAUUCAUCUUGGGCCGAAACACUUGACUUAUGGGCUUGGGUGAGAUAAAAAGAGGCAAAUUGG